ACCUUGUUAUCCGAUGACGAAACUUGCUACCUCCUACCUCCUAACUAACUUAAGUUAAUUAACCCCUCCUACCUACUUACCUACCAACCUACCAUUGAUGUAACCACACUUUCAUAUACUCCCCCCUCCCAGCUACUACCCCAUAUACUUCCACUUCACUUCACCAUCAAUUAAAACACACCAUACAACAACACAACCACCAUGUCCACCACCCACCCCCCAACCUCAAAACCAAACCCAAAGACAGUGAAAACAUCAAUCCUCCUCCUAAGCGACACCCACACCCUCACCCCCUCCCCGCCCUCCCACCCCCCCAGCACAACCCCCUACCGACACCCCCUCCCCCCCACCGACCUCCUCAUCCACGCCGGCGACCUCACAAAAGUCGGGCACAAGCACGAGCACCUCACCACGCUCUCCUUCCUAAAACUCGCCCCGGCACCCCUAAAACUCAUCAUCCCGGGCAACCACGACAUCACGCUCGACGAGCCGUACUACAAACGUAUCGGCCACUACCGCCACCGCUACCGCACCGACCACACGGCGCCCUCCGCCACCAGUGGAAGCGAUAACGUCUCCGCGGGGAAACUCACGCCCGGUAGGGGAUUAUCUGAUGAGGAGUUACGGGAGAUAAAGGACCUGUAUACGGGGAAGGAGGCGUGGGAUGCGGGGAUUAGGUAUCUCGAGGAAGGAACGCAUGUGUUCAGGUUGGGGAAUGGGGCUGUGCUGAGGGUGUAUGCGAGUCCGUAUACGCCGGAGUUUUGUCAGUGGGGGUUUGCGUAUCCGAGGGAGGUUGAUAGGUAUAAUCCUCCAGAGGAGGAGGGGGAGGGGGAUGAUGGGGAUAAUGGGGAAGGGGGGAUAAGGAAGGUGGUGCCGGAUUAUCCUGGGGUAGAUGUGAUGAUUACGCAUGGACCGCCGUAUGGGGUGCUGGAUCAGGUAGUGCCGAAUCAUAUGAGUGUGGGGUGUGAGCAUUUGUAUCGGGCUGUGAAGAGGGCAAGGCCGAGAUUACAUGUGUUUGGACAUAUUCAUGAGGGGUAUGGGGCGACAAGGAGGGAGUGGAGUUCGGGGAAUGAGAGUGUGAUUCAGUGUGAUAAGGAGAGGACGUUGGAGGAACGGUGUGCGAGGGUGGAUGUUAGUGGGGAAGGGGGUAAUAGGUUGAGGGUUGGGGAGGAGACGUUGUUUGUUAAUGCGAGUGUGGUGACGGUGCAGUAUCAUCCUGUUAAUGCGCCGUGGGUGGUGGAGAUGGAUUUGCCGGCUGAGUAGGAUCCUAUUAGAUAUGGACUUUAAUGGUGCCUUGAUGGUACUUGGUUUGUCUAUGAAAUAGAGGUACAGUAUAUAGUCUUAUUCUUAAUGGCUAUCACUUAUGUCUGUGACAUGA